AUGGGGAGUGCUGCUACCGACGGCGGCGCAAGAUGGUGGGAGAUUCGCCUCUUCCGCGGCAUGAUUGACGAUGUUAAGCGCAGGGCACCCUAUUACUGGAGUGACUGGGCUGAUGCGUGGGAUUAUCGCGUUGUUCCUGCGACUGUAUAUAUGUAUUUUGCAAAUAUUCUCCCGGCGCUGGCGUUUUCUCUUGAUAUGUUCGAAAAGACACAUCAGAGUUAUGGUGUUAAUGAGGUGCUGCUGGCUUCUGUGCUUGGGGCGGUGGUGUUCUCGCUUUUUGCUGCGCAACCGUUGGUGAUUGUUGGGGUUACUGGCCCAAUCACCGUCUUCAAUUAUACAGUCUAUGACAUUAUUUCGCCGCACGGAACACCGUAUUUGGCAUUCAUGUGCUGGAUUGGCAUCUGGUCUUUGAUCAUGCAUUGGAUUCUCGCUAUAACCAACGCUUGUAAUGGGCUCACUUAUGUCACUCGGUUCUCAUGUGAUAUCUUCGGCUUCUAUGUGGCCUUCAUUUACCUCCAGAAAGGUAUCCAGGUGCUAACUCGACAGUGGGGAUUCGCUGGAGAAACAUCCGCCUAUCUGAGCAUCAUGGUCGCCUUGCUCGUUCUCAUGAGUGCGUGGAUCUGCGGAGAGCUUGGAAAUAGCAAUUUGUUCCAGCGAUAUGUCCGCAAGUUCUUGGAGGACUACGGGACGCCGUUGACCAUUGUCUUCUUCACGGGAUUCGUCCACAUCGGCCAUAUGAGAGAUGUCGAGGUGGCCACCCUGCCUACCAGUAAGGCGUUUUACCCCACAGCUGAUCGUGGCUGGCUGGUACACUUCUGGGACAUUGAUGUGGGAGAUGUCUUCCUCGCAAUUCCGUUUGCCGUACUCCUUACCAUUCUGUUUUACUUUGACCAUAAUGUAUCAUCGCUUAUUGCGCAAGGCACAGAGUUCCCCCUUCGCAAACCAGCAGGAUUCCACUGGGAUCUCUGGCUCCUGGGGCUCACCACUUUCAUCGCAGGGAUCCUGGGCAUUCCGUUCCCCAACGGCCUCAUCCCACAGGCGCCGUUCCACACCACCGCUCUAUGCGUCACCCGUAACGUCGCAGAUGAGGACGACACCAACAAGGGCAAGACCGUCCGCAUCACCGAUCACGUCGUUGAACAACGCGUCAGCAAUCUUGCCCAGGGGCUUCUCACACUCGGCACUAUGUCCGGGCCCUUACUCAUCGUCCUGCAUUUAAUUCCUCAGGGUGUCAUGGCAGGUCUCUUCUUCGUCAUGGGAGUCCAAGCCCUCCAGGGAAACGGAAUCACACAGAAACUGAUUUUCCUCGCCCAAGACCGACACCUUACGUCUCCCUCUAGCCCGCUUAAGAGUCUCGAGCGUCGGAGUGCCAUUUGGGCCUUUGUUAUCCUCGAGCUUGUCGGAUUCGGGGGCACUUUCGCCAUCACGCAGACUAUUGCAGCGAUUGGAUUUCCUGUUAUUAUUUUGUUCCUUAUACCCGUGCGGUCCUUCCUUCUGCCCCGCUGGUUUACUGAGAAAGAGCUCUCUGUGCUCGACGGACCCACCGCAAGUCCAUUCACGAUGGAAAGUGUCGGAGGUGUCUACGGUGGUGCCACUCCUCCCCAAGAGGAAGAUACCAGUAACCGGCACUCAGGCAGCGGCAGCGUCAGCAUCAGGAGCAAUGGUGUCAUGGCUCCCGUGACGGUAGAUCUUGGCUCUUCCUCCGAGAUACCGAUCGAAAAUGAUCUUGAAAUGGGCAACUACGAGAAACAGGCCCGAUGGAGACGAAACCAUGGGGAGUCGCAAUGA